UAAACAAAUAUUCCACUCCCUUUAUUCCUGAUUUGAGCGAUACACCAUUGCUGAAGGUUUGCCCUAGAUGGAUAGCCUACCAGUAUACUGGUUUUCUGUACUGAUUAGUGGUGUCUUGGUCUUGUUUUCUGUUCUCCUAUGGAGAAAGAAAACCAAUAUGCUUCCUCUUCCACCCGGACCACCUGCUUGGCCUGUUGUAGGAAACCUCUUUCUGCUGGGCCAAAAGCCCAACUAUUCACUAUUUGCCCUAUCUCGCCAAUACGGCCCCUUAAUGACAAUCUAUCUUGGCAUGAAGAGAGCCGUUGUGGUCUCAACUUCUGCCAUGGCAAAGGAGGUGCUCAAAACCCAUGACCAUAACUUUGCUGGGCGGACCCUCAUACAGGCAAUGAAGGUACUUUCUUACCACAAGUCCUCACUAGUUUGGAGCCAGUACGGACCCUACUGGAGGAAACUCAGACGUGUUCUCACUACAGAGCUCUUGUCUCCCAAGAAACUCCAAGCUUCUCAACAUGUUAGAAGAGAUUCAGUCUUCGAAAUGGUUCGCUUGAUUUUCGAGGACAAUUGUGCCAAGGGAAAGAGUGUGUCCAUUGGGGAUACAAUGAUCCGCACGGCUCUGAAUCUGAUGGGUAAUAUGAUAUUCAGUGCAAACGUAUUCGAUCCCAGCAUUCCCAACGGUGUGGAGCUCAGCAACGGUCUUUCAUCAUGGGUGAAGCUUUGCCAAAAACCCCAUUUGGCCGAUUUGUUUCCAUGCCUUGGGUUUCUGGAUCUCCAUGGCGUGGGGGGUAAGAUAGGAGUCCAGUUAAAGCGUGCUCACUAUUGCAUAGAUCUAUCCAUAAGCAAUCGACUGGAAAGCAGAAGAACAGAAUUGGGUAAUGAAGGAGAAGCGCCAAAGGAUUUUCUGGAUUCCUUGCUGGAGCUGAGAGAUCAGGGAGAUCAGGACAUAUCUCUUACGCAAAUCAGAGCAAUAAUUUUUGAGCAGUUAGUGGCCGGUAGUGACAAUACGGGUGCCACACUAGAAUGGGCAAUGGCGGAACUCAUUCACAACCCCCACACAAUGAAAAAAGUCCAAGAAGAACUGGAGCAAGUUGUGGGUCGAGAGAGAAGAGUGGAAGAAUCUGAUUUAGACCAUCUGCCUUAUCUCCGUGCAGUGGUGAAAGAAGUGUUUAGAUUGCACCCUGUUGCGCCUCUUCUGCUGCCUCACAGAGCGGACAGCUCUUGUGAAAUAAUGGGAUUUGUGAUCCCCAAAGACACGCAGAUUUGGGUGAACGUAUGGGCCAUAGGAAGGGAUCCUGCGGUGUGGAAGGAGCCCUCUAAGUUUAUGCCAGAGAGAUUUCUGGAGGGUGAGAAAAGUAAGAUGGACUUUAAAGGCCAGGAUUUUGAUCUCAUACCACUUGGAGCGGGAAGAAGAAUGUGUGUGGGGCUUCCUUUGGCUGAUAAAAUGGUUCAUUUGAUUUUGGCAUCACUGAUCCAUUCCUUCGACUGGAGUCUUCCUGAUGGAAUACGUGUGGAGGAAAUGGACAUGGACGACGUAUUUAGUAUCGUGUUGAAGAAGCGUCAAGGAUUGCAAGCAAUCCCUACACCACGCCUGCCACAUAGCCUAUAUUAGCCCUCCGCUAAAACUUAUCCAGAUUGUCAAUGGAGGACCUUUGUAAGGAACUGUUUAUGGCCGGUAGUGACACCAUAGCUACCACAAUAGAAUGGGCAAUGGCAGAACUCCUUCACAGUCCCCAAACAAUGAAGCGAGUCCAGGCAGAAUUAAAAGAGAUCAUUGGUCUCAACCGACAUGUCGAAGAAUCUGACAUAGACCAACUUCCUUAUUUUCAUGCAGUAGUGAAAGAAGUGUUGAGAAUGCAUCCAGCAGCGCCUCUCCUGAUCUGCCACAGAGCUGAAAGCAGGUGUAAAGUUGCAGGAUUUGUGAUACCCAAACACACGCAGGUGAUCAUGAACGUGUGGAGAAUUGGAAGAGACCCUGCAGUAUGGAAAGAGCCCUCCAUAUUUAGUCCAGAAAGACUUUUGGAGGGUGAGAACAGUAAAAUGGAUUAGAGGACAGAAUUUUGAGCUGAUUCCGUUUGGAGCAGGCAGAAGAAUAUGUGUGGGGCUUCCAUUAGCAAGUCAAAUGGUUCACUUGGUUUUGGCUUCUCUACUUCAUUCAUUCGAGUGGGCACUUCCUCAUGGAAUGUCUGUAGAGCAGCUGGACAUGACCGAUGAGUUUGGAUUGACAUUGAAGAACGCCGUACACUUGGAAGCAAUCUUCACAUUGCGCUUACCACAUGAAAUAUAUUAAUUAGGGAAAAGGGUCCACUAGUUGAGCGCGUUUCAAUUCUUGUGAUAGAAGUUGUUGAUUUAAUAUUCCAUACUUGCUGAUUUAAUGUCCAACUUUUGUACAACAUUGUACCAAUAGUUGUAUGAUAAGUACCAACAACUGAAUGAAAUAUACCAUUUGUUGUGAAAAGUAACCAAUCAUGUGAUGCCACAUCAGCUGCACAAGUAUUGGGACCCUUUUGCACACCUAUUGGUCUCACUUUUUUUUUGGGCUGUUUUGGACACCUUGGCAAAAAGCAUGCUGAUGUGGCAUCAUAUUUGAUGCUGUGGCCCUGAAACCUUAGUUAUAAGCAGGGGACUUGCUAAGUAAGCUGCUGUAAAAAAUUCGGAGUGAUUUGAAAUUUACACGUAGGAUUUUGAGAAGCGUGAAG